AUGGCAGGAGAACUUCGCCAGCCUACCGUUCUCGCCAUCGUAUUCAUGCUCCUCACAGGUCUCUAUGGCUUCGUCAAGUUCUCGCAUGAGAAGGACUAUGCCACCGAGGGUAAGGCAGCAGCCAUCUUGAAGGAACCUGUUCAUCUCACCUCUACUUCGGGUCUUCAUCCCCUUGUUGAACACCCCAUUGUUGAUUCUACUCGUCCACUCGUCACCUAUGCAUACACCGAGUCCCCAACUACUCGAGAGAACCUACUGUUUUUCGUGGAAUAUGGCUUGCAUGACAGCGCGGACUUCAUCUUCAUCCUCAACGGUCCCACCAACGCCGCCAACCUGAUCCCCCGCAGCGCCAAUAUCCAAGUCAUCUCGCGCCCGAAUGAAUGUUUCGAUCUCGGCGCCCACGGCGAAGUUCUCCGCAAGAACGGACUGUGGAAGAAGUACAGCCGCUUCAUCCUGCUCAAUUCCGGUAUCCGAGGGCCCUUCGUGCCGUACUGGAGCCGCAGCUGCUGGAGCGACGCGUUUCUGAACCGCGUCGCUAACGAUGUCAAGCUCGUAGGAACAACAGCAACCUGCCACCCCAAAUUCCACAUCCACCCCACAAUCUGGGCUACAGAUUCCGUCGGCAUGGCACUUCUCCUGAACCCGCCCAAGCCCCCCUCAGCAGACCCAUACAACACGGGCCGCGGCAGCAGCAGCAGCAGCCAAGUCGUCGCGCUGGGCGGGUGCUACGCGAGCCAGGCGCAAGCGACCCGCGGCGGCAUCGAAGCGACGUCCGUGGUCAAGAAGGCAGGCUACAAAGUCGACGCUCUGAUGGCGGCGUUCCACCACGGGAGGACCGGAAGCUACGAGGACGACUGCUCCGAAGACUGGGUCAAGGAGUCGAUGCUGUACAAGCACUCGCACGGCAAGACGGCCCAUCCGUACGAGACGUUGUUCAUCAAGGCGGACAGCGACGUCGAUCCGGGUGCCCUUGCCACUCAUACGGAAUGGUACAAACCCCAUGGCGGAAAUGGCAGCUGGGAUAUGUGUGGUUAGGAAAUGUUAAGAUGGAUGGCUAGGAUGGAUCAUCUAUUUGGCUUGCGUAGCACUACGAGGUGCCGUUGCGCAUUGAUUGUACUGAGAGUAGAGUACAUAGUCUCGAGCACAUA